GGAACGCCCUCGCUCAGUUGGUCACCAAAACCUUCAAAUCGAAGACAUAACAGAGUUCUUAUCUCUAUUGCAAGGGGUGGUUCGUUUCCAUCCUCCACUUCUUUCUUGAUCGAAUAUUUUUGGAUUAUAACUGUUGUAAGUGUUUUGGUCUCGUGUUUCGUGCAGAAGUCGUUCCCGGAUUGUGUGGGAUUAAAAGUGUGCCAUUGUGGGGCGUAGUGCCCUGGAGUUGGUGUCCUCUUAAAAGAGAGCCCAGGAAUUGAAAGAGGAAGUUUCUCCAACCAUCAUGUGGAAUCAGCUGUUAUCGUCUUGAUUUUAAAAUUUGAAGAGGGCUGAAGAGACAGUGACAUGGAUUACAUCCGGGAGUUUGACAUCCGUUUAGAAAAAGAAAUGUAUUAUGCUGGUGAAGUUCUCUCUGGCCAUGUCAUACUUGACACAGUGGAAAACUUCAAACUCAAAGCAAUCCGAGUACUACUGAGAGGUAAGGCUCACGCAGAAUGGAAAGUUGUAGUCAGCGGAGACAGAAGAACAGUCAAGGAUGACCAUGCCUUCAUCGAUGACAGAGCGGUCAUUUGGGGAAAAGAGAAGCUGGAAGGGAACAUGCCCAUCUUACCUCGUGGUCGCCAUUCGUUUCCCUUCCGAUUCCAGUUACCAGAGAGUGCUCUUCCUUGCAGCUUCGAGUCACGUUCCUGCACCGUCCGCUACUACGUCAAAGUAACAGUGGACAUCCCCUACGCCUCUCCUCCACAGGGAAUGAAGUACUUCACAGUGAUAGGACCUCACAUAGACUGCAUGGACGAACAGUACCUGAAACCAUUGAUGGCGGCAGACCAGAGAGCAACGUGCUGCUUAUGCUGUCGUCGUGGUGUAGUUAGCGUCCGUGCCAACCUCGAAAGAUCAGCCUACUGCUGCGGUGAGAGUAUAAGGUUGAAAGCAGACAUCGAUAACCAAAGUGAAGAAGUCCUCAGGAUUAAGCUUAAACUUGUUCAGUAUGUAGAGUUCUUCAUCGACAGAGGUGUGCUGGGCAACACCAAAGAAGCCAAUCACACGGUACUAGAGUAUCGAGGUGACCCAAUAAGUCCAAACACUAGGUCCAAAUUUGACAGCUCAUCCAGCCUUGUAGUUCCAGUCAUGCCUCCAACUCUAAUAGGUGUUUGUAGACUUCUUCAAAUAUAUUAUGUCCUAAAGGUUUGGGUUGAGUUAGAAAAAUCUGGAGACGACCUUCAUAUGAACUUCCCCAUUACUAUAGCAACUUGUCCCUUCAGAAUUCCCAAUUCAAAUCAACAGCCUAAAAUUGAAUACGAAAUGUGCUGUGAUCAUGUAGAGGGUGGAAUGUACAUAGGACCGGAGUUUCUGUUGGGACAGGUGUAUGACGGAACUCUAGGUUGUCCAGAGGAAGGCGAAACAGUUGUACUAUACAGACCAGUGUACGUGUGUGUGAAGACCAAAGCAAAGACCGAUCAAAGUUCUUCAACAAGGACUGAAGACCCAGCUGUUACGCCAAAGUCGCCAAGAAUCGAAAUCGAUAACAAACCUGCUCAGGCAUGAAAAUUAAAUUAUUUACACCCACAAUUUGCACAAAUCCAUGAAUCGUAACCUUGUGGGACGCUGACCGAUGUCCCUUCCUUAUACAGUUGAGUGUCUUGUCGAGACAAAACUUUUAUGGAAGAUCUCCCUUGUUGCUUUGAAACCCUGUUGCACAGAUAUAACAUGUUCUAUAUUACAAUUAUUUACGAAUUGUUCUAAACUGUAUGUGAUGAGUAUAUCUCUGUUCAACUACGCGUUUACAGUUUAUGGAAUAUGGAGAAAAAAAACUUUAAGUUGAUUGCCACCCAUAAUUUGUGAAUAUCAUGCCAGCUCCAUUGUUUUUAUCAUCAUUUUUUAAUGUACGUCGUAAAUCAUGCUAUUCGUGCGUCAUGUUUUUGAUUCACAGGUGACUCUGAUUUUUAGCUAUAUGAAAUUCAUUUAAAACUCGUAUUGCAUACUAUUUUUAUUCAUGCUACAUAUUUUUGACUCAUUAAUGACUCUGGUUUUAAGUUAGAUAAAUUUAUUUAAAUGCACGUGCUGAAAAUAUUUUAUUAUAUGAGCGUCGAUUUUAACUUCGAAUUUUGAAUCAUAUAAAAUUGAUUUAAAACAAUUACCGCGAAUGUUUUUGUUUUCUUUUAACGUCAAGUUUUAGCACAUUUUUAUUUUUGGCCUCAUGAAGAUUGUUAGAAUUUUGUUUUUAAUUUUUGUUGUAUACUUUCAAUUGAGUAUUUAAUUGGAAACUAAAUCUAACUUUGUAUGCUACUUAAAAGCUUAAACCAAUUCUUGUUUGAUGAAAGUGUUUGUGAAUUAAAAUGAAAUGUUUCGAAUUAAAUGUUAAAAAGUCUUAGGGUGAAAAUAGCAAUCUUUAGUUACAAGACAGCAGGAUUUUUUUGAUGAUAAAACCAGUUUGGGUACACUGUUGCUUAUUUUAUUAAUAUGUACAAUUUUCAAAUCCAAAUCAGAACUUUUUUUUCUGAAACACACUUAAUGCUUUUGUUCAUUAUAUUUAUUUUUCUUUAAAAAAUUAAUAACAACUGUUAUGAUGACUAUAACUACCUUCAGUGUUUCCUAAAAUAAUUCUCAUUUAAUAACUGUCUAACUUGAUUUAUGAUUAUAAUUAUCUUCAUUGACUGCUAAUUGUAUCUUUCUGCUCAUUAACCAACUAAAUGAUUUAGCUAAAGAUUAUUAUUACUUUAAACACAAUUAAAUUUAAAAUAACCGCUACAGUUAAACAAUAAUUGAUACUUUAAUUUAAUUUAAACUACCAAUGAAGUGUUUUCUACAAAGUGUUGCUAGAUUCAUUAUAAGAAUCUUUAUAAAGUAGUUCAGAUUCAUUUUAGUAACCAAUUCCUAAUAAACUUGCACUCGAAUAGAAUCUUUUUGAUAAAAGAGAAUAAUUUAACGUCUUGAGCAGCUACUAUUUACUGAAUAGAAAAAUAUAGUGAAAUUUGAAAUACUAAUAGAGCUUAAUUAAGUAACGAAAUGAACUGUUUCUACAAUUUCUAACAAAUGUAUUAUAAAAAUACUAGCUUAGCUUCGCACAUUUGGACGAUUUUUUUUCUUCCUUUUUUAUAGAAUAUUUAUAAAUUAUAUAAAAACUUCACAUUUCUCUUAGGGAUAGCUUUUAAAAGCUGAAAGUUGACUUGAGACUUCAAAAUAGAAAGAAUUCUAGGUUCAUACUACAUCAUUGUUCAAUCCGUUAUUUCAUUUUUUGAUGUUUUUAAAACCAUUGAUUUCGCAUUUCGGCCAUAUUAUUUCAUUCUUAAACUAGCUUUUUUUUUCAGCAUACAAACAAGUUCUUAAAAAACGGUUUCAAGUUUAAUUACGUCAUUGAAUUUCAAAACCAGAUGGACCAACUUUAGAAAAAAUUUAUAUGCGAACAUAAAAGAUUUUAUUG